GUUUCUCUCAAAGCAUCUUGCAUCAGCCUGUGGAUGUAUGCCUACCGCCGGGCUCCUUCACCGGCAAAGGGGAAAAAGAAGCGUUUCACAACAAAUUCUUUUUUUGGGGGGGGAGGGUUGGGGGGACGUAGUGGAUUAUAACUCUGUUCUUCUUUCCAAAUCUGUGUACUCCUGGAUGCACGGAUAUCUACAAGUAGUCUGGAGUUCCAUGCGCUAGAAAGUUCCAAGGCUUGUGGCUUGCAGCGAAGACGCUGUGACAGUCGAAGAGACGCAGAAGCCAGCUGUCGUGGAGGAUCCUGCUGUCGGAGAAUGUUCUGCACCCAUGGAUGCUCCAGUUCCAGCACCAUCUUCUGAGCUGACCUCCAUUCCCAGGAUGCCCUUGGUGCUGCUCCUGCUGCUGCCCCUCUUGAGUUCUGCGAAAGCUCAGGUUAAUCCAGCCAUAUGCCGCUAUCCUCUGGGCAUGUCAGGAGGCCACAUUCCAGAUGAGGACAUCACAGCUUCCAGUCAGUGGUCAGAAUCCACAGCCGCCAAAUAUGGAAGGCUGGACUCAGAAGAAGGGGAUGGAGCCUGGUGCCCUGAGAUUCCAGUGGAACCCGAUGACUUGAAGGAGUUCCUACAGAUUGACUUGCACACCCUGCACUUUAUUACUCUGGUGGGGACCCAAGGGCGCCAUGCCGGGGGCCAUGGCAUUGAAUUUGCCCCCAUGUACAAGAUCAAUUACAGUCGGGAUGGCACUCGCUGGAUCUCUUGGCGGAAUCGGCAUGGGAAACAGGUGCUGGAUGGGAAUAGUAACCCCUAUGACAUUUUCCUAAAGGACUUGGAGCCACCCAUCGUGGCUAGAUUUGUCCGCUUCAUUCCAGUCACUGACCACUCCAUGAAUGUGUGCAUGCGGGUGGAGCUCUAUGGCUGUGUCUGGCUAGAUGGCUUGGUGUCUUACAGUGCUCCAGCGGGACAGCACUUCGUACUCCCUGGAGGCUCCAUCAUUUACCUCAAUGAUUCUGUCUAUGAUGGAGCUGUUGGGUACAGCAUGACUGAAGGGUUGGGCCAGCUGACAGAUGGGGUAUCUGGCUUGGAUGACUUCACUCAGACCCACGAAUACCACGUGUGGCCGGGCUAUGACUACGUGGGCUGGAGGAAUGAAAGUGCUCCCAGUGGUUACAUCGAGAUCAUGUUUGAAUUUGACCGAAUCAGGAAUUUCACGACCAUGAAGGUCCACUGCAACAACAUGUUUGCCAAAGGUGUGAAGAUUUUUAAGGAGGUACAGUGUUACUUCCGCUCAGAGGCCAACGAGUGGGAACCAAACGCUCUGUCCUUCCCCCUUGUCCUGGACGACGUCAACCCCAGUGCUCGGUUUGUCACGGUGCCCCUCCACCACCGCAUGGCCAGCGCCAUCAAGUGCCAAUACCAUUUUGCUGAUACCUGGAUGAUGUUCAGUGAGAUCACCUUCCAAUCAGAUGCUGCAAUGUACAACAACUCUGGAGCCCUGCCCACCUCACCUGUGGCACCCACAACCUAUGAUCCAAUGCUUAAAGUCGAUGACAGUAACACACGGAUCCUGAUUGGCUGCUUGGUGGCCAUCAUCUUCAUCCUCCUGGCCAUCAUUGUCAUCAUCCUCUGGAGGCAGUUCUGGCAGAAAAUGCUGGAGAAGGCUUCCCGGAGGAUGCUGGAUGAUGAAAUGACAGUCAGCCUCUCCCUGCCCAGCGAGUCCAGCAUGUUCAACAAUAACCGCUCCUCGUCGCCAAGUGAGCAGGAGUCCAAUUCCACUUACGAUCGCAUCUUUCCCCUUCGCCCUGACUACCAGGAGCCAUCGCGGUUGAUACGAAAACUCCCAGAGUUUGCUCCAGGGGAAGAAGAGUCAGGCUGCAGUGGCGUUGUGAAGCCUGCUCAGCCCAGCGGGCCGGAGGGGGCGCCCCACUACGCAGAGGCUGACAUCGUGAACCUGCAGGGGGUGACCGGAGGCAACACCUACUCAGUGCCUGCUGUCACCAUGGACCUGCUUUCAGGGAAAGAUGUGGCCGUGGAAGAGUUCCCCAGGAAACUCCUGACAUUCAAGGAGAAGCUGGGAGAAGGCCAGUUCGGGGAGGUUCAUCUCUGUGAAGUGGAGGGGAUGGAAAAAUUCAAAGACAAAGAUUUUGCCCUAGAUGUCAGUGCCAACCAGCCUGUCCUGGUGGCCGUGAAAAUGCUCCGAGCAGAUGCCAACAAGAAUGCCAGGAAUGAUUUUCUUAAGGAGAUAAAGAUCAUGUCCCGGCUCAAGGACCCAAACAUUAUCCGCCUCUUAGCUGUCUGCAUCACCGACGACCCUCUGUGCAUGAUCACUGAGUACAUGGAGAAUGGAGAUCUCAAUCAGUUUCUUUCCCGCCACGAGCCCCCCAGUUCUGCCUCCAGCAAUGCACCCACUGUCAGUUAUGCCAACCUAAAGUUUAUGGCUACACAGAUUGCCUCCGGCAUGAAGUACCUUUCCUCCCUUAAUUUUGUCCACCGAGAUCUGGCCACACGAAACUGCUUAGUGGGUAAGAACUAUACCAUCAAGAUAGCUGACUUUGGAAUGAGCAGAAACCUGUACAGCGGUGAUUACUACCGAAUCCAGGGCCGGGCAGUGCUCCCCAUCCGCUGGAUGUCUUGGGAGAGUAUCUUGCUGGGCAAAUUCACGACAGCGAGCGACGUGUGGGCCUUUGGGGUGACUCUGUGGGAGACAUUCACCUUUUGCCAGGAGCAGCCCUAUUCCCAGCUGUCAGAUGAGCAGGUCAUCGAGAAUACUGGAGAGUUCUUCCGGGACCAAGGGAGGCAGACGUACCUCCCGCAGCCUGCCAUGUGCCCGGACUCUGUGUACAAGCUGAUGCUCAGCUGCUGGAGAAGAGAUACCAAGCACCGUCCGUCGUUCCAGGAAAUCCACCUUCUGCUCCUUCAGCAAGGGGACGAAUGACGCGCUCACUGCCUGGCCACAUCCCGAUGGCCCGGGUCCUUCUCGCGAGACCUGCCACUCGCUCACCCACGCCUAAGCCACUCCAUCUGGACAUUGAAUGGGCUCGGGAGAUGGAGGCUUGUUGGCUUCUCUCUCUCUGUCCCUGGGCUCCCUUCACUCCACUCCCUCACUCUCUACCCCUGACCCAUAUUUACUCUUUUUUUUUUUUUUUACAUUAAAAAACUAAAAAAAGAAAAAAAAAGCCUAGGGCAGAUAAAAUCUAGUAAAGAAAUCUUACUUAAUAUACCAAAGUGUUGGAUAGCGGGCUAGACAAUUUAGAUAAUUUAUAAAGGUUAAAUAUGCUAUGUUUAUAAAUGUGCAGAUGCUACAAUGUUUUUCCCAUGUCACCUUUUAAAAUGUAUUUUCAGAAUGAAAAACUUGAAGAAUACUAAUGUCUUAGGAAACAUGAUGAGGCUUAGGGAAAACACUCGGUAAGAGUGGAGAAUCGGAUGGAAUGGUUGGUAUUCAGCAACUGGUCAUGGAUUUCUGGGUUUCCUAAUUUGGCCCUCUGGACGUGUCCUACCCUCUGCGUUUCUCUCUCCUGUCAAAGCAGAUGAUACGUGCUUGAAAAACCCCUGCUUCUCGGAGUGGGUGUUUUGUUCACUCAUGGGUAGGGGUCAGGGGUAAGGUCUAUGUGGUCUAUUUGUGUAGACAAUACAAAGGAUGUGCAUAAGAGAGAAUGUCCGUCCAAGGCUGUAUGAAGGGGAAUUGUCACUUGCCAAAAAAGUACCUCAUGCACGGAAGGAUUCUUGAACAGAGAAUGGACAUGGGAAAAGAGGUCUGUGGGGGACAGGCAAUAGGUAUACUAUUCACCUGUGAUUUCUGCAGAAGGUCCUCUUCUCGUUCAGAUGUUUCCAGGUGUGUGUUUCGCUGAGACCCUGGUUUUGAGUCCAUAAAGCCUGGUGUUUUGAUGUCUGAAUCACGGGCCCUUAGGUUCAUCUUCUGUAAGUCUUCCAGCUCUUUUGGCAGAUGUAUCCCCUAGAGGACCCCUCUCUGAAGGCCAUGUAUUGUAGGGAGUAGAUCUGCGUGUUUGCAGAAUGUUGACCAAAGAGGGCUGAGGAGGAAAGUUACAAGCAGAUGGACUUCCACUCCUUAUUCAAGAAAGCCUAGUCCUCAGAACACACAGGGCAGUCGGGCCACCUCCAGAGGGCGGGGCAUGGGGAGGGGGGAGUCCUUUGUCCCUGAAGAGCUUCAGAUGUAGGCUUUCAAACACAAGGUCAUAUGAGAUGGUAUUUAAUGUCUUUGUCUCCCUAAGAGUCCUUGAUUUCAGAGAGACACGGGGUGAGCACAAUAGGGAAGUCAUUCCCUGUUCCUGCUUCGUACACACUCGGGGAUGGUGUGGGCAGCAGAAGAGAAUCGUGAAGGUCUGGGUUCAGAACUCAUGGAGACUGAUACAUUGUCGAAUGAGUCCCCUCAGAACAGAUUGGGAGCUCUGUGCUCCACAACGGCUCAGAUUUUAAUGGGAAGCAAGAAAGGAGGCCUCUCCGCUCCUGCUGAGGAGAAAUCAGAAAAACUUACAGAAUAAACUUCCCCAGCUCAGAAGAAGUAGUCUUGAGUUGUCCUUCCUUGGGUCUGCUGCUGGAGCCCUCACUUGGUCCCCCUUGUGCACAGUCGCUCAGGGACUUGACUCUUCUCCCCUGGUCAGCUUUCAGCAGUGCUCCAGGCUACCGCAGAAGUGAACUUUCCAAAUCCGCAGAUGCUCUUGUGACCCUGGCAUAUACCUGCCCCUAUUGCUGUCCUUUGACUCUGGGCUUCCGCCUCCCCCAGGACUAAUUCUGUGGAGAUUGUAGGUUUGGGAGUCAGGAGAGCGUUAGUUUGGAAAUUGGUCCUACUCUGCCCCAGGCCAAGUGUGUCACCUUGGACAAGUCACUUCACCUUUCUGGAUGCCCAUUUCCCUCUCGGUAAAAUGAGGACAUUGGAUUAAAGGGGCUUAAAGCCUCUCCCAUCCUAAAAUGUGCAGGGGUGGUUGGACAAUUGGAUGGACAGUUAAUACGGAUUCCCUUAUCUGGUCCUCUCCUGCUCUGAAAAUCGUGGUCAGUGGAAGGAGUCGUGCAGGGAACUUACUAUAACAGUAACGGUCAUGGCUGCCACGGGUACAGUGCUCUGAAGUGUCACCAGGUGUUUCCACAGACCCAGUCUCAGUUCAUAUGUGCGGGGCCAGACAUGUCCUUAUCCCUUAUGUUCUGCCCUCAGGACCUGGACAACUUCAUCUAUUAGAGAGCUUUCUAAAGAAACAGAACCAAUAGGAUAGCUAUACCUAGAUAUAUAGAAUUUAUUUUAAUGGACUGGCCCACAUGGUUAUGGGGCUUCAGGGUCUCACCAUCUGCCUCCUGCAAGCUGGAGACCCGGGAAAGGUUUUGAGAAACAGAGGGCAGGAGAUGUUCUAGCUCAGCGGUCAGGCAGAGAGCAUGAAUUCCCCCUUCCUCCAUCUUUUUUCAUCUACUUCCCCCUGCUCUCAGAGGAUUUGAUGAGCCCCCGCAACACACACACACAUACACACAUGCACACGCACGCACGCACUGGCACGCAUGGGAGAGGGCAAUGUGUUUCACUCAGUGCACCCAUUCAAAUGCUAGCAUCGUCUGGGAACACCCUCACAGACCCAUCCAGAAGUAGUGUUUCAACUGGGCACCCCCUGCCCCUGUCCCAGAGACACAUAAACUUAAUCACCUCACUGCAGUAGAAUCAAAGGGCCUUGAAAUCAGGACUGGCAGCCUAUUCUCCAUCCGCCUGCUUCUGGGAGGGCUCCAUGCACACGGUGCCCACGAGGUCUUGUGUGGCAAGAGAAGACAGCAUCAUUUCCCCAUCUUUGCCUCAUCUCUCUGCUUCUUUCUUUUUCCCUUUCUGCCUCAACUCACUGCAUUCCAUCAUCCCAUUAAAAAAAAAAUCAUAUUGAAAAUCAACUUAGUGUGUCUGGAUUUUCCUGGCCUUGAGUCACAGAGUGAUCUGUUUCAAGUGGCUGGCAAGCAAGCGUGUCCCGUACAGUGACCCUCUCCUGGGAAGAGGACGCACAUUUUCUGGCUUUGAGCCUCCUCUGUCACAGACACAGGUCUUGCGUCUAGCCUGGUCAGACCCACAGAGCCUCGCUGCACAGACCCAAGAGACCCAACAGAGGACACGGUGAAGGAUUAGUACAUUGAAUUUAGAAGUAGCUCCAACCUCGACGAGAAGAAUGUAGCUGGGAAGUUUUAGAAAGGGACACAGGAAAAGGGACAGCCACCCACGGGGCCCUGCUAGUGUGUAGUGAGUUGUCCUCUUCAUGACACACGUGAAAUAGUUUAUGUCCAGAUUGUGUUUGUGGAAUGGUGGAUUUAAAUUUAUACUUUUGCGGUGAAUGGGCUGACCACUAGGUCCACAUCUUGAUGUGCCGGCUGGACACAGAUGUGAUUAGGCGAGAUCUGGAGUGGGAAGGGGCACUGGGUAGAGAAUGUGGUUUUCGUGCUGUGGAAAGGUCACUUGCAAGUGCAAGAGACAGUGUAACAAUGAGCAUUGUAUGGACGUGGCGUCAAAAAUGAAGCGGUGAAAGUGCACGUGGCUGAGUGGGGGCGGCGGGGGAGGGGCCAGAGAGGAGGCAACACAAAAAGAGGUACGGGAGGGUACAGGACACAGGGCAGGACAGGGCAGGGCAGGGAGGAGCAGGUGGCACAGGUAGGAGUCUGCGCUGAAGCAGGAGAGCGCGCAUCUCUGAAGAGAGGUCCGAGGGAGGGCAGAAAAGCAAGUGUCUUGAAGAUAAAGGAUAACUACAAGAGAGAAAGGAAUUCUGGAUGAUAGAGAUUAUGGAAGUAUUUACUAAGAAAUAAAAAGGCAGGUGCCGUGUAUGAAAAGGAAGGGGGCUUUUCAGAGUCUUCAGGAAGGGCAAGUCCUAACAGACACACGUAAGCAACCAUCAGGGAAGGGUCUUCUAGGUUCGGAGGGGGCCCCAGGCUGAAGUUAGGCAAGACUAAGUCUUGUUUGAUAUCUGUGCAAGGAGGUACGUGCCACGUUGGAACCAUGUGUUUUUCUAGUCCCAUCCAGACUUCCCACAAGAAAGCCAUGAUGUAGGGCUAAGCCAUGUGUUUUGAGUAAUGGGGAACAGGAGAAGGGGUGUGUCUGCAAGAGGGAGAGAGGAAGAUGGUCCAAGGAAAUAUUCUAAAAUGGAACAGCAUCUGUUUUGCCCAAAACUGAAAAAAAAAAUGAAGAAACUUAACAGUUAGGGCUUAGAUUACUCCAACAUAUGGCUAUUAAUCUUUGAUCCGAGCUUGAAUUUAUAUACCUGCCAUCUUGUUCUCUUCAGCAAGACCUCUGACUUCUGGCCGAGCAUAUGGUAGGUCUCUAAAUAUUUCUGGAAGUUGCAGAUCCUGAUCUAUGCUGGGAAAUCCUUCUGAAUUGAAAUUUAACAUUUUUAUAGAAACAGAUGAAUGUCUUUUCCACUUGGUAAAUGUCUUGGAAUGCUGAAUCAAGAUGGAAAGAGACCAGAAUGGUUAACGGUGAUUGGAUUGCUGGCAUUUUGAGUUCCCUGGCACAAUUAGCUGUAUUGCUUGGUGGCAGACAAGUGGUGGGUAAUUAUUUACUUGCCGUAUCUUCUUUUUUUAAUUUGUUAUUUUGAAAUACUUUUAAGACUCACAAGAAGUUGGGAAAAUAGAGUAGUUUUACCCUAACACCAGGCUUUCCCCAUUGAUAACAUCUUCCAUAACCAUCGUCUAUUUUCAAACCCAGAAGGUUCACUUUUGUAAUACUAUUAACUAGACUAUAGACCUUAUGCAGAUUUCACUGUGGUUUUUUUUUUAACAUGUAUUUAUUUAGUUUCUGGACACUUCAUCCCUUUCUGAUUUGUAACCUGGCCUUGCUUGGAUGCAGCAGAAAAAACACUAUCUGGUUACGAUUCUACAAAAUUCUAAAGAGAAUAUAACAAAUUAAUCUGUAACUUUAUCAACAAGCAAUAUCCUGCCUAGACUGCUUCCACAGUCAGCCUAUUCUGACUAGUUUGGCUAUUUAGCAACUGGAACAAUCCAGGAACAACUUAGAAGGAUUUGGAAACGCAGGGGCAGGGAGAUCUGCAUGGAUCUUGCUGACAAGAGAAUCAGAUGUGGGGCAUUCUGGAUGGUUCCUGCGGUUCCUAUAAGUGAGUAGGGUUUGUAAUGGUGUCGGGCAGGGGACUUAGGGUUAAAACCAGUAUUUUGGUCAAGAGCUGGGUGGAACUUAGUUAAUGGCACUGGGGCCGGCUUGUGGAAGGAAGAGAGUACAAUGGCAUAGAGUCCUUUAGUGUGUGAUGAAACACAAAGGUCAGAAUGGUAGAGACGUUUCAUUUGCCUGAAUAUCAGUUCUUAAGUGGAAUAACAGCUAUAUUGGACCAAAUUAAAUGUAAACACAGAAAUAACCUGAGGGUAGGGACUUGAAACAGCAGUGAGUUUUGUGAUGGUAUCUUUCACCUGCCCUAUUUGUGGGUCACAGGACGGUUACUGGGUUCACACUGCUUUCUGCAUGUCCUGUCAAGUUCCAAGCACGUAGUGAGCACUCAACAAAUAUUCUCUGACUGUUGUUUUUGGAAUGAAUAAAAGAAACUGAAACUUGUCACCCAGCAUAACUGGGAUGAAUUUAGGGAGAACUGCUUUGCUAUAAUGCAGAGAGUUUAUUUUCCAAUGAAGAAAGAGAGAAAAGUGCCCAGGCUCGUACCUGGUGCAGUACAUUCUCCAUUCGUGUAUUUUCUGAGGAUGAAAUAGAUCUAUGGAGAUCUGUAUCAUUCUUUGGAGUCGUUAGGCAGCAGCAAGGCAGUUCUCUCAAGGCACCCCAUCAAGAGCAGGGAGGGACUCUGGCCCCAAACUCAGCCCAUUUUGAAACAAGCUUUCUGGUUUCUCGAGCAGACACCUGUCAAGAACCCUUAAAGGGGAAGGAUCAGAGUCCCAAGCCAGCCUAACCCACAUUCCCAAAAGCAUAUGGGGGAGGAAUUUGCAAAGAGACUCAAGGGAAAGCACAAUGCAAUGAGGCGAUCACCUGUUUUCUUGAAAAGAGGCUUAGAAAUGGUUGGAAUUGGGUAGGAUUCCUGCAAACACACCCAAGAUUUUGUAACCCAGCCUAUUCAUUUUAUGUCCUUUACUACUCAUGAUAUCCUGUUCUUCUACCCUGUUGUCUGCUAUCUUUUUCUGAGGACUGAGUUUCUGAACCAGCAUGGCUCACUCUUCCUGUGAGGAAGGAAUCUCUGGACCUUGUUUUGUAGGCUUUGGAGGACAAUGUGUCUUAUCAAGGGGUAGAGCAAACCGACUGAUCUCUGCUUGAAACUAUCAUAGUCAUCCCAAAAUAGAAUACGUAAAAGUUCUCUGUAUUAGAAAAAGAAACAAGAUACCCAUUGUAUAUUUUCUUUUCUUUAUUUAUUCUCUGUACGUCUGUCAGAUGAUAAAUUGUAAAUAACAAUGAUUAAAGAAAUAUGCUACUGA